AUGACCACCGAGCGCCAGCCGAACGGGAAGGGGAGCCACCUUCGAGAUGACCUGACUCUCCUGAAAAAGUGUCCUGAUUCCAAGGCAGCUCCAGUUACGGUAGCCCCAGCAAUGGCUGUCCCCAGUCCAAUGGCCACCCCAGCACUUGCCCAACACUCCCAGACAGCAGGCCCAUGUACCCCCCCCCAAUCCUUACCUGGCAAGCCUGGAGCACCAGGUACCUACACAGAGAUCACUGCCUCCAACGUAUGGUGUGUCAUUGCCCAGAGGCUAACGCAGUCCAAGACCACCAUCUCCCAUGCCUACGCCACUGUCGACUGUGACCUGGGUGCCAUCUUGCAGCUGCGCAAGGAGAUGGCCAAAGCAGAGAUCAAAGUGUCCGUCAAUGAUUUUAUCAUCAAGGCAGAAGCUGCUACACUCAAGGCUCUGCCGGAGAUCAACGUGACCUGGACGGGGGAGGCCCCCCAGGCGCUGGACUCCAUCAGCAUCUCCAUCGCUGUGGCGACUGAGAAGGGCCUCAUUACCCCCAUCAUCACAAACGCUGCUGACAAGGGAGUGCAGGAGAUCUCCGCUAAUGCCAAGGCACUGGCCCAAAAUGCUUGGGAUGGGAAGCUGCUUCCUCAUGAGUACCAGAGAGGCUCAUACAGUAUUUCUAACCUGGGCAUGUUUGGUAUCAGUGGGUUCAGUGCGGUGAUUAACCCUCCGCAGGUGUGUAUCCUGUCCCUGGGCACCUCCAAGGCUGUGCACCGUCUGACCGAGGAGACCGGUGCCCUGAGCACCGUCACCCUGUCUAGUGGACAAGUUUUGUGUCAAUCUGGAUAG